CAACUCAUACAAUCACACUAUCAUCUCAUCUCUCUAAUCUCAUCCAACAACAACAACAACCAAUCAAUCAAAUACUCAGUUUUUAUUCUUAAUCCCGAUUCAACUUUCAUCAUGUCUGACGAAGGAGUCUACCACAGCGCCCCCAAAACCGAAGAGUGCGUCGAAACAUCCACCGUGGUGGCGGAGCCUGAAACCGUCGAGAAGUCCGAUCGUGGACUGUUUGAUAUGUUUGGAAAGAAAGACGAAGAGAAGAAAUGCGAAGAGGCCGCGAUCUCAUCGGAGUUUGAGCAGAAAGUUCAAGUCUCUCACCCGGAACCGGAGGAGAAGAAAGAAAGCUUGCUCGAGAAACUUCACAGAUCCGAUAGCAGUUCCAGUAGCUCGAGUGACGAAGAGUGCGAUGAAAAUGGAGAGAAGAAGAAGAAGAAGAAGCCAUUGAAGGAGAAGAUCAAGGAGAAGCUCACGAAACAAGAAGAUGAAACUACUGUACCGAUUGAGAAAUACGAUGUAGCUCCACUCCAGCAUGGACCACCUGAGCCGGAGGAGAAGAAGGGUUUCAUGGAAAAGAUCAAGGAGAAACUUCCCGGCGGCCAUAAGAAGGAGGAGGAGCUUGCUGCUACUCCACCACCACCACCGCCGGCGGUGGUGACACACGCCGAUGAAGGUGAACAGAAGGAGAAGAAGGGUAUUUUUGAGAAAAUAAAAGAGAAAAUCCCCGGGUAUCACUCAAAGAGUGAAGAAGAAAAGGAAAAAGAAAAGGUGAAGGAGUGUGAUUAAACAUUAUAGUUUACAAAAGCAAAAGCGAAAUGGGUUUAUGGGUUGGCUUGCUUUGAUAUCUAUUAUUAAGAGUGGGUGGUGGGUCUAUAAUGUUUUCUUGCUUUUGGCUUUUGGUUUUUGGUAUCUUUGAAUAAGUGGUUUUUGAUUUUUCAUGUAAUUUGUUUGAAAUUUAUAGUUUGGUGGUGUUUAUUUGAUUUGAGAUAUAAAGUUUAUAUAUAUAUUGUUAAUUAUGAUGAUUUGUAUCAUAUUUGAUUUGAGAUAUAUAAAGUUUAUAUAUUGUUAAUUA